AUGUCACAUGGGCGGAUGCGAUGUUCGGUACUUCCUGAUGAAAGUGGAAGUAAAGCAGUAACAGCAAUAAAACCAGCAAAGCUAAACGUUCAAGAAGAAUGGAUGCAAGCAACAAUCCAAUUGGGUAUACGUGGAAUACGGAAGGAAUUUGUGAACAAAAUAAAAAAUUACACUCCUGAAAAUGCUGCAACAGAAGCAUGGCAUUUGGAACAAAACUUCGACAAGAAUAGAUUUGAAGAUAUCAAAUUGGAGGAUAAGACAAGAGUUAAGUUAAAAAAGACACCUAAUAAUGAAGACUAUAUUCAUGCAUCUUAUGUUACUGUAUCAAGCGACCUGACAUAUAUAUGUGCUCAAGGACCGCUACUAAAUACUAUCCAGGAUUUCUGGAUAAUGGCUAUACAAGAAGAAACGAAUGUGAUUCUCCAAUUGUGUCAGCACAAAGAGAAUGACCGUGAACAAUGUUCCGAAUAUUUGCCGAAUGAGACCACGGGGUGGAAAGAAUAUGGAGCCGUCCGAGUUCGUAUCACGGAGCCAACUUCUGGUGUUGUUACGCUUAAGAAGGUGGCACGGACGAAAAUCGAAGCCUCAUAUUCUGAUAAAACGCAAGAGCUAGUUCACAUUGCUUACGCAGGAUGGCCAGAUCACUCCGUUCCUGAUUCAACCUCCACAUGUCGCGAAAUUUACAGCAUGUUGCACAAAUAUUACGGAAGAAAACCAAUAAUCGUUCAUUGCAGCGCUGGCAUUGGAAGGACGGGAUCUUUUGUUGCCGUUGAGUUGGCGAUGGCGAAACUGCGCAAAAAUGAAACUUGCAUUGUUGUGGAUAUAACCAGGAAGCUGCGAGAACAACGCUUGCAUGCAAUACAAAACGAUUUGCAGUAUCUAUUCAUUUACCGUAUGGUGGUUGAACUGCUAAUUGAAGAAGGUUUGCUGUCUAGAGAUCAGCAAGUAAUAGAUUUCCUCAAAGACUACGACGGUCUGAUUACACGUAAAAGAAAGGAACGAAUGUUAAAAAACAAUUAA